GGCCAUCCCCUCGCGGGUGACGCUACGGGAGAGGCAGGAGGUUGGCGGAAAGCCCCCGCCGGAGGCGGCCAAUGGGGAUGCGCAGCGGGAGCGGGGCAGCGGCGGCGCCGCGCGUAAAGCGGUGGGUCUCGUGUCCAGAGGGCUGUCGGUGGCGGCGAGGUGCGGAGUGGAGACGUGCGCGGCGUGUCCCGGCGGCACCGUAAAAGGAAGAAAACGAACAAUGAGAGUAUUGGUUAUUGGCCUUGGAGGUGUAACAAAUGGGGGAAAAACAACUCUGGCAGGAAAACUUAAGAAAAUGCUUCCCAAGUGUGACGUAAUCUCUCAGGAUGAUUUCUUUAAGCCCGAGUCUGAAGUAGAAACAGAUGAACGUGGAUUUAAACUAUAUGAUGUACUUGAUGCCCUCUACAUGGAUGAAUUGGUGAAAAGUAUUCGCAAUUGGAUGAAAAGCCCAGCAAGCUCAGGUGUUUUGACAGAGCUGCAGAGUCCAUGUGACAAUCCGAAAAAUACAGAAGAUGUUUAUAUUUUGAUUGUUGAAGGCUUUCUGCUAUACAAUUAUAAGCCACUUAAUGAACUAUGGCAUAGAAGAUAUUUUUUGACACUUCCUUAUGAAGAGUGCAAAAGAAGGAGGAGCACCAGGGUCUAUCAGCCAGCAGAUACACCAGGUUACUUCGAUGGACACGUAUGGCCUAUGUAUCUGAAAUACAAAAAUGAAUUGGAAGAGAACGCAAGUAACAUUGUUUAUUUGGAUGGAACAAAAUCCCAAGAGGAGCUUUUAGCCAGUGUGUAUAGUGAUAUAAUGCAAGAACUAAAAAAACUGAUGGAAGGAACUCAGCAGGUCACAGAAUAAUAACGUAGGAAGCCUGGGUUCCCUUUGAUACCAAUUGGAAACCAAGACUCACACUUGGUGAGCCAACCGACUGAGCAGAUGCUGCAUGUAUGUCCAUACAACACAAGUGAAUGCGUAGCUACUAUUGACUGAGUCUCAGAUACUCCUGAAUAGUAUCAACAGUGCAGUUCUUUAAUCAGUCACACUUUGGUUGAUCUUUAAAUCUGAUUGAACAUGUACAUUUUAAAGACUAUGAACAGGUUUUUUGUGUACAAAACUAAAUUGUAAAGAUGCAGAACUGCUGGAUUAGUAACUGUAUUCAAACACAAAUUAAUGCAAUUUGAAGUGUCCAUACAGGAGUGACAGUUAUUACUCCUAAUAUUUUUAUGAGCUUCUAAUCACUGAUAAAUCUGGUUAGAGGUACUAACUAUAUGCCUUGACAAAAUUAAGAUUGUAUAAGCUGUUACGCCAAUUAUUCAGUAAGUGAAGUUGGUUCUGAAAACAUCAAAACUGAGCUUACUUAGACUUGUUAAAUACCUCUGUGGCGGGUGUAAAAUAAUUUUUGUAUGAUGUACUGUAUGGAACAGUAAGGGAUGGAUAUUUAAAAAAAAGUGUAGUUAAGUUGGGUUGUUGGAAAAAGUAAGUGAAUAAGAUGUUGGAAAGAAUUCAGAUGCAUCAUUUUCAAGAUGAAGUACAUGUAUUGUGCUGAGAUUGAGAAUCAGGAUGGCACAGACUACUACAUGAUGAAUGUACACUUCAGAGAGGAGGAAGGAACAUUCAUAAUUGAAACUAUAGUAAUGAAGCUGUUCAGAAAAUGGGUAUGUUAGAUGUAUGUAAAACUUCAUUACAGGAUUUGUGUACAUAGCUUUAGGCAAACUUGGAAACUGGGAAUUUGAAUCUUAUGUGGUUACUGUAUAACUGAUGUACUAACUUUCAUUGUUUUCUAUGCAAUAGCCAGAAUAAAAAUGAAGCUACAGACAUGAAAA